AUGUCUCUUUCUAUGGCACCUGUGAAACUCAACGAUGGUAAUUACAUUUCUCGAGUUGGUUUUGGAAUAUUUCUAGUUGAUCCUGAAGAAACUGUUAAUCUGGUGUAUAAUGCUAUAAAGAUAGGUUAUCGUCAUAUCCAUAGCGCCGAGUAUUACGAAAAUGAACUCGAAUCUGCCAGAGGUAUCAAGAAAUGGCUUGAUGAAGAUCCAGUUAACAACAAAAGAUCUGAUGUUUUUUAUACGACUAAAGUUGCCAUGACUAGUAUGAGUUAUGAAAAGGCAAGCAUAAAUAUUACUAAGCGUUUGGAAAUUAUUAAGCCUUUGCUUGGAUACAUUGAUUUGCUUUUGAUUCAUGCCCCAAUUGCUGAUAGUCCUGCCGAUCGAGUUGGGGCAUACCGUGCUUUGGAGCAGUAUAAAAUGUCAAAUCCAACAAUCAUGAGAUCUAUUGGGGUUUCGAACUAUGCGGUAAGACAUCUCAAAGAAUUGUCUGCAAGUGGAAUUAAUAUCAAACCAGCUAUUAACCCAGUUGAAUUACAUCCAUGA